AUGAGCGGUGAGGAGAUUGAAAAAACGAAGUUAAAACUGGCAACUUUAGCAAAGGAGAUUGCUUCAUGGGAAGAUGACUUAAGGCGCAUUCCCCUUCAAAGUCCGAAAGUGGUGGAAAAAGCGACCAGAAAUUCCUCUGUCAAAUGCAACAGAGACAGUCUAGCUGAUCACCAUAAUCUGCCCGUUUUCGCAAGGAAGGCUCGCUGGGAGCGUAUAAUGAAUGCAGAUCAAUCGGGUAGUUCCAGAAGUCAUGGAGCUAUUGGUGGACCAUCCAAAAACGACAGUCUAGAUGAUCAGAAUACUUUGCCUGUUUCCGCGAGGAGGGCUCGUUGGGAGUGUUUAGCGAGUGCAGAUCAGUCGAGUAAUUCCAACAGUCAUGGAGUUAAUGGCGCACCAUCAAAAAGUUCUUCAUCCUCAGUUCAACCGCUUGGAGUGUCUAAAGUUCAAAACAUUAGAGAACGUGUUCCACCUGCUUCUGUUCCACGCAUUAAACCUGAUAUUCCAAGAGGCAGUAUAAGCCAAGCUGAAAGGGAAAAGCUUGAACGUAUGCGAGAACUUGCUGAGCUACGUCGUUCACGAAGACCCCUUCCGCCUUUUCCACAAACAAAUACGCCAUCAUUGAAUGCGACCGAAAAUCCAAGCUCAAGCUCACUAGAAUCUCAAUGCAAUGAAGAAUGUAAUACAAAGCAGGAAGAAGAAUUCACGCUACCAUCGCCUCCAUCAACACCAUCUGAAAAGAUUCCGACAGCUGAAGAUACUUUGAUUGAUUCAUCACCUUGUACACCGUUGAGUAAUAUUGAUUUACCGGCACCUGAAGAAAUUCAUGAAUCGUGUAAUACAAAUGAUACUGAGAAUUGUGCUAAAAAUCAUGAUACCCUUAAAAUGGAUAUUUGUCAUGAGCCUACUGAACCUUCGGCUAGAGAUGAAGAUCUCUGUAACACUCCAACAAAUGAUGAUAAACAGCCAGUGAUAGACAUGCCGAAUAUUUCUGUAGGGCAUGUCAGUCAGACAACAAUAGAAGACCAAGAAGAAGUGGAGAAAGAGGAAAAAGAAGACGAAGAAGAAGGCCCUCUUCGACCAGGCAUACUUCCACCACCAACUGUUCCUCUUGUUCUACAGAAUAAACAUCCAUAUUAUUCACGACCAAAAAUGGGCAUAAAACGUCGUUCAUCGCUAUCAGAAAGUUCAGUGGAUGAUGUACGUCAACAGAUGAUUCCUCGACAAAAAUCAGUGAAAUUCCUCCAAAGUACAACAACUACUGGUACUACUACAACUACUACAACUUCUGAUAUGAUCAAGAUGAUAAUGGAUGAUGAUGAUACAAGUAAUGAUACAGACUUCACUUAUGAUGAUACAAGUACAGAUGACAGUACCCGCCGUGUUUCAUCCAAUCUAUCUGCUUACUUAUCAACACUGAAUAAAUUGGGAUUGGAUCCUGAUGGUGAAAUUGAUUCAGACGUAUAUGAUUCCUCGAUAACUAGUAUUCUUAAUGAUUUCGGCGGCAGCGAUUCAACAAAAAAUUAUAAUCGAACACAUUUUGCCAAAGAUGAUACUGAUUUGCUGAUAAAAAGUCGUAUGUCACCUGUCCUACCAUUAUGUGAAGCUGAGCGUCGUUUACAGAGAAUGAAAGAGUUGCCUAAAUUAAUACAAGCUGAACGUGCUGUUAUUCUACAGGCAAGUUCUGCAUUGAAACAAUGCGUUGGUAUUAUGUCGAAAAAGGCAUCUUCAGAAGAUAUCAGUAGACUACGUCGUCAACUUGGCCCUGGUUCUCGUGUUCACGUGGAAGUUAGUAAAACAAUGCUUAUUGCUUGUCAACGUCGUCAAGUGCUAAUGGAAGAACUCGCUCUCCUCCAUCAAGGUUCACCAGUACUUGUCCCACCGCCUUCUGGUGAUCCAAUACGCGCACGUAUGAAGCUAAGCGCUAUUCGUUUAUCCUUGAAAACAUCGAAUAUACCAAAUGAUCCAACAAGUGGUGGAGGAUUUGUGGUUGUCGAUCCUGAUGUAUUAUACAGUAACAGUGUUUGGCGUAGUACUACACCUACACCAGGUUCAAAAUCACGCAGCGACAGUCAUCAUUAUCAGAGUCAACCGACAUGUUAUUAUUUAAUAGCAAUAAUCAAAUGUCGUGGAGAAGGUCGUUUAUAUCACAGUGAAUUGGUCACUUUAAUGCAUAUAAGUGAUCUUCCUGUUGGAAUGUAUCGACCAGCCACCUAUGUAGACUUACCAGCAAAACUUGAGAUUGUUCCACUUCGACCAAAUUUUGAAUUCCAGCUAGAAAUCUAUUGUAUGCGUACAGGAUCCGAUACACCGAUGCAUAUUCACCAUGCUGGUGGAGUAGUAACACUUCUACACGGUGGUGGAAUUGAUGGUGGUGGUGAUGGUACUGAGUCGGAGGAAUCAACGACAAGAUUUAAACUGCCCACGUCUACUUUAUUAUUAUCAAGUCAUAAAAAGUCAUUAUUUGGCCAUCAUCAUCAUGACCAUUCUCGGCAUAUUACUGCAACGCCACAUAGUACUACUACUGAUGACGACGAUGAUGGGAUUAGCAAGCCAUUAACACCGUGUGAAACUGCAGGUCAUGUAUUAACACAUUGUCUCCCAUCAUCUUCAUAUUUCAAGACAACACUGACACCAAGUAAAUUAUCUGAGCAUAAUAUGCAUACUACUAAACGAGAUAAAAUUCCUGCCUUCUCGUUGAUUUCUUCCGUGGAAAUUCAUUACCAUGAUGAUUUAUUAGUUGGUUCUAAUAAUUAUGCUGUAUCAAAACAAGACAAAUCACAUCAUACUACUACUACUAACGCUAAAAGUAGUCGUUCAAGUGCUAAUAGUGCAAAUUGUUUAUCCCUACGCUUGUUACGUUUACCUCGAUCUAGUCCAUUGGCUGGGACUGCUGGAUUAGUUGAUGCCUAUGUCAGUUUGGAGGCGAAAGUUCUAGCACGUGGAUUUAUGACAGUCUUCGAGGAUAUCGGUGGUAUGGGUGUCUGGCAACGCUACUGGUGUCAAUUACGUGCAGGUUAUCUACACUUUUGGAAGUAUCCAGAAGAUGAAUACGGAGGUAGUCGCGGCGGCAGCAGCAAUAAUUAUAAUAAUAAUAACAAUAACAAAAACAAUCCAAUGCAUAAUAAAUCCUCCUCUUCGUCUUCUUCUUCCUCAAAUCCACCAUUAGGUCGUAUUGAUUUAAGACAUGUUGUUAUCCCACCAGGUGCUAUGCUAGCACCAAGGUCAAUUUGUGCACGUAGUAAUACAUUGUAUAUGCGUUCAUUGCGUGAAAUUGAUCCAACUUGUCUGUCGGCAUCAGUGAAUAAUCUAUCCUCCUCCUCCUCGUCUACAUUGAAUGAUAAGAAGAAUCAGAACAAGAAGAAUAAGAAGACGAAAAAAGGAGAUAUUCAUGGUGGUGACGCUGACGACAGUGGACGUACUGGUGCAUCAAAUGAAAGCUUAGUAUUUCGUGCAUCAAAAGAUUAUAAAUGGUUGGAGCAAAAACAUUUACUCUGCGCUGAUACUCCAGAAGAACGUGAUGCAUGGAUCACAUGGUUGAAUGCUUGUCUUGAUUCCCUAAGAGAUUGGAUGCCAGAGCAUUUCGAUUGUCUAUCUCGUUAUGAUGCAAGACUGGAGUUUUCGCAACCAGUCUCUUCACAAUUGGGCGCUUUAUUAAUUCAUGGAUCACCGCCGGCACCAGCACCAGGAAUCUCAUCAUCGUCAUCGAAGUGA